UGUCUAACCGGAUGGUGGACAUUGUUCUGGAAGGAAGAUCCCAGACGUCAACAAAUACCAACUUUCCGACCUAAGCACACAGUGUUUAUCACAAAAAUCCGUUUUUUUAUAUUUUAUCCGUCUGCUGAUUGACUUUAAAGUUAGUUUGACGGCUCUAAAAGGAAACAUUGUCAUGUCGUCGCCGCUGGAGAUGUCAGAAAUGUACGACAACGCUUUGCUGGGCAUUCUGCAGCACGUUGGAAACAUCCAGGACUUUCUUCAAGUCUAUUUUGGGUUUUUGUACCGAAAGACGGACUUUUAUCGCCUUCUUUCCAGUCCCAGCGACAAGAUGGGCUUCCCGCCUGGUGUCGCAGAAAAGAUGGUUGUCAAGACGUACAAAUUGUUUGAGAAGGUGGCCGAACACAACCGUGAGCUGCAGAGAAGACAGGAGGAGACUAGAAGUGUUCCUCCGGUGGCCCAGGAACUGGAGGUCACCUCUGAGACUCAGCAGGCAAGUCUGACAGAGGCCAGCUCCUCCUCGGAUCCCGUUCCUGAGCCCGAACCCCGACCCGGUCCACUGACUCAGGGGGACCAGGCGGCUGCAUCCGACACGGCAGAUCCGCAGACGCUCCAGCCCGAUUCAGAGAGUUACAACGGCGCCGUGAGGGAGAAGUACAAGUGGUCUCAGGACUACACGGAUGUGGAGGUCCGCGUGUCUGUGCCCAAGUCGGUGGUCAAGGGCCGACAGGUGAGCGUCACGCUGCACAGCGACAGCGUGCGUGUUUGUGUGAGGGCGGGGCCACAAGAGGAGACGCUGAUGGAGGGACAGCUCACGCAUAAGAUCAACACAGAAAACUCUAUGUGGAGCCUCGAACCCGGCAACUGUGUCGUCCUGUCACUCAACAAGACAUCAGAGGUUUGGUGGACAGCCGUCCUCAAAGGCGAGGAGGAGAUCGAUGUGAACCAAAUCAACCGCGAGCGCUCCAUGGCGACAGUGGACGAGGAUGAGCACGCAGUCCUGGAUCGCCUGACCUUUGACUACCAUCAAAAGCUGCAGGGCAAACCCCAGAGUCACGAAAUGAAAGUACACGAGAUGCUGAAGAAGGGUUGGGACGCUGAGGGCUCACCGUUUAAAGGGCAGCAGUUUGACCCCUCCAUGUUUGACAUCCCACCCAGUGCGGUCCAGUUCUGAGGCGCCACCCAAACGGGACAAAGGAACUGAAUUGUGCUGCUGGAUAUUCAGGUGUGUGUGUGUGUGUGAGUGAGAGAGAGAGAGGGAGAGCCACAUCAGACUGCAACAUGAUUGGAUGAUUUAGUUUUUUUGGCCAACUGGGAAGCCAUGUUGUCCAGUUUAGGCUGUUGGGAGGAUUGCGUGGGGGGGUCAUCUGUGGAAAAAGCACCAUGACAUCAUAGUGUAGCGUUAGAUACCAAUCAAACCAACAAAGGUUGCGUUCAGGAACUGAUCAUUGUCUGUCCUCCAAUCAACACACUGCGCUCUAUCUAGCGCCGCCCACUUUUCAACCCCCCCAGGAAAGAAAGCAAGCGUAUAGCGCUCGGAGACACACAUAUUUAACUUGACAAACGUGUGAUGGCUUGUAAAUGAAAAAUAAAUAACUUGUUGAUGACUAUCUCACACUCUAUGGUCUCCUCACUCCUCGGUUGCAUGCGGCGUCUGUGUGGUUUUCUUGUGGCUGUCAUAGCAACAGUGUGGUUAUUGAUGAUGAGUAUUGUUCUACAAUGUAGUCAGUCAAUGUUGGCUGCUGCUGUGUUCAUGUGACACUCUUUUUCUCCUUUCUUUGAGAUGUUUAAAUGACACUUUUCUGGUCCUGGAGGUGGAUAAAACCUACCACACAUUCAUCAGGGGUCCCGAUAGGACCUAAAGAAGGCAAGAAAUCCCACUUUUCUGACGGUUCUGUUUCUAAAGUCGGACACCUUUCCCACGCUACUUGGUUGUGUUAAAGUCAGAAGAGGAAGCUGUGAGUAACAAUUCAAUUGUGUCCCAACUACUCAUUUUAUAGAUAAAUAGACUUUCUUUAUUGUCAUUGCACAAUAACACAGCAGUGAAAUUACCAACGAAAUGUCGUUGCCUGGCUCCCGUAUAAUAAUUAAUAAUAGUGUGGAGAAUAAAUAGAUCACAGCGGAGUAGGCUAGUAAUGGUUGGAAUAGUGGAAUGGUAAUGA